AUGUCGACAACGGUGGAAAUGUCAACGACAAAAGUUGAAAUUCGUUCAGUUCUCGUCAAACAUUGGCGAUCUUUGGACAAGGCGCGUCUUCACACCAUUCAUUUUUGGAUAUUUAUAUAUGCGUCGGCCCAAAUCUUUAUUGAAUAUUACUUUUCCGAAGUCCACGCUGUUCUGCUACUUGAAGCAGAAGAUCGGCCUCAAUCCAAAGAGAAUCACGAGCGGGUUGAGAAAUGGUCGCCGUUGUGUUUCUACAUAUCAUUCGCAUUUAUAGCAUAUCUUAUAUUUACGUGCUUACUUAUACGUCUCAGGCAACCGAAAGAAGGUGUUGGCUUAGUGCUAAUUUCAUUGUCAACCUGCCUUCUUCUUCCUGGUUUUUCAUGGAUUCUUCAUCUUCCUGUGGUGAUUUUUGUGAGUCGAGAAAGAAUUCAUAAAAAUGAGCACGAUCACAGCGCAUUAUAUACGAGUCUCUGCGUUGCUUCAGUUAUCCAGUUUUUCAUUCUGCCACGUCAUCGCAGAAUGUUUUUCAUUAUUGCGGUCAGCUGGAUUCUGAUUAAUUUGUUAUUGAUUUUAAUCAUCAAUUGGGAUGCUUUAUGCGUUAAUACUCUUUUCAUAUGCUCAUGUUUAUCUCUAUUUCUACAUCAAUGCAUUAUUGCAUUCGUUGGCGUUGUGGCAGACUCAAAUGAAGCCGGAAAUCGCGCUGAAAUCGCGAAAAAACUCACGGAAGCGGUUUAUCGCCGCACUGAACUCGAAACCUUGAAGGAUCGUCAAGAGCAGCUUCUGCUUUCGGUAAUUCCUCCGUAUUUGGCGGACCAAGUCAGCAAGAGCAUCAUUCAAUCGAGUAGUACGGCGACGCGCAAAACGAAUUCAAAAAAUCAGAAACUGUUUCAUGAUCUGCAUGUGCAAGUUCAUGAUAAUGUUAGUAUUCUUUUUGCUGACAUUGUUAAUUUCACAGUCCUCGCGGCUCAAUUAACCGCAAAAGAUCUUGUUAGGACCCUUAACGAACUCUACAGUAAAUUUGAUCGAGAUGCUCAACGUCUUCAAUGUAUGCGCAUCAAGUUCUUGGGUGACUGCUAUUACUGUGUUUCCGGAAUGCCGGUGAAUCGGCCCAAUCAUGCUGACAUGUGUGUCGUUAUGGGUUUAGAGAUGAUCAAUACAAUCAAACAAGUGCGUCUUGCUACUGGAGUCGAUGUCAAUAUGCGCAUUGGAGUUCAUACGGGAUCCGUUCUAUGCGGAAUAAUGGGACUUCGAAAAUGGCAAUUCGACAUUUGGAGUGACGACGUCACAUUAGCAAAUCACAUGGAAUCGGCUGGAGUUCCUGGAGCAGUUCAUAUAACCAAGUCUACAAAAGAUAUGUUGCUAGGAGAGUAUUGCAUAGUGGAAGCCCAAACUGACGAUCCGUUUAUUGUUUCUCAUGGAGAGCCCACUUAUCACAUUCUUCCUGACAAGACGACUGCGAUUGAGCGGACAGCUUCGAUUUACAGGAAUAGUCGAUUGUCAACAAGUCCAGCUCUUCAAUCGAGAAUGAGCAUGAAGGCGAAAGUUUCAAAAAUGGUCGAAUUUUGGGGAGCAGAAACGCCAUUCGCAAAUUUUAAUAAAAAGAAAUCUUCGGAUGAAAAGUCUAGAAGGCCAACUUAUAUUAAUACUAUCCCAUCAAUGACGUUAAUUGAAAAUAAUUUGACAAAUUUCUCAUUCAACAGCAUCAAUUCGGUUUUUAACUGUGAGCUUCCCAGCAUUCCAGCAUCACCAAAGCUACUUUGGCCAUUCAGCCGAAAAACUAUUACAUGUCACUUAUCCGACUGUUUUCUACUCUUCGUUGUCUGCAUUCCAGCUUCUCUGGCAAAUAUCAUUCUCUGUGCACUCUAUUGCCCCUCUGAUGUCCUUCAGCAAAUCACAUUACAACAAUUUUUCACGAUUAUUGGUCUCGCUAUGUUAACCCUAUUGGAUCGCUUAUGCUCGUAUGGCGGUUCAUUGAUCACCAUUGCCGCUUUUAUCCUUUCUUCUUGCAUACCAAUCGGACCACAUAUAAUAAUAAAAGAAUCGAAUCUUUCGGGUGUAAUGGCGUUCAACUCUCUCAUAUUCCUGCCGAGCUGCGUCAGUCACAUUUGUUCGGUUUUUAUCCUCUACCGUUUGCCUUAUUCCCAUCGUUGUUUUCUAUUUUUUGUGGAUUUUGUGAUAUUCGAAGUGCUCUUAUCCCUGUUCCCUGCAUAUGGCGCAAAAGUUUAUGUCGGCUAUAUGGGGUAUCAUUUGUCCCUUGUAUCAAUCAGUCUAACCCUUCUACUGGUCCUUUUAUUCUUUUUGGAUUGGAUUACGAAUUACGAGAGAAAACGUGAAAGUGCGUGCCACGUGUCGUUUCAGAAUGAAGAACGUGACGUGGAAACAAUGCAGGAUAUCAAUAAGAUUCUAAUAGAGAAUAUUCUGCCUUCAAGUGUUGCUGCCAAAUUUCUGUCACCAGAUCGAGCAGUGAAUGAACUUUAUGCAAAACAACACGAGCAUGUGUGUGUGAUGUUCGCUUCGAUACCGAACUUUAAAGAUUUUUGGAGUCAAUGGGACACGAAUCGAAAACUCGAAUGUCUCAGACUAUUGAAUGAAAUUGUUUGCGAAUUUGAUAAGCUUCUGUCGAAACCAAAAUUCUCAAGUGUCGAAAAAAUUAAAACUGUUGGCAGCACAUAUAUGGCGGCGGUUGGUCUUAAUGAGAGCGAAACUGAUUAUGAUGACGUAAGAACUUAUCUGGAGAAGCAUACAAGCGGAAAAAUUUUGAAUAAUAAUAUGAGACAAGGAAAUAUGGCGUUUCGGAAUGCGAAUUUGAUGAUUGAGUUCGCACUUGCGAUGUCUCAAAUACUUGAUGCUUUGAAUCGCGACUCUUUUCAGAAUUUUGAACUCAGAAUCGGAAUGAGCGUCGGCCCCCUUGUUGCUGGGGUUAUUGGAGCUCAGAAGCCUCAAUAUGACAUAUGGGGAAAUACUGUGAACCUAGCAAGUCGUAUGGACACUCAUGGCGAAGCCAGAAAAAUUCAUGUUACCACUGAUAUGGGCAAAGUGCUAAUUGCUGGAGGCUUUCGAAUACAAAGCCGUGGAAAAAUAAAAGUUAAAGGAGUGAAAGAGCCGAUGGAGACAUUUUUUAUCGAGGUGGAUUCUAAAAGAAAUUCGUCAGCCUCCGAAGCUCAACAAAAUCAACACAGCUUACAUCAUUCCCUAUAA